GAGACGAGCGGGAAAUACAGCAGGUCGUACCUGUAACGAUAUCGAGGCGAUUCGGACGCGAUCGACGAUGUAAUUGAAAUCGCGGUGCGCACGAGACAGUCGAUGAUAUUCCCACGGGGGAGGGAAUGGUUCGGACGGCACUCGGCGAUCCGGACGACAGUCGAGGGACUCUCGUCGCCCAGGUGGAGGAAUACGUAGAGAGUCACGUCGCGACGAAAGGAGUAGGAGUAGUAGGAGGAGGAGGCGGCGUAAGAGGAGUAGACGUCGACGUAGUCCUCGUCGAGGAUCGUUGCGACGGAGUUCGGGGGAUCGACGACGAUUCGCCGCCGGUUUCCAAUAUCGAGUCGACGUUAUCCUCGCGUCUAUCCCACCAGGAAUCGAAUCGUCGGGAUAAUUUCGUCGUCGGCGACUCCCGCGUCGGUUACAAUCGCACCACGGAUUGGUGGUCGCAUCAGGGGGACGACGCCGUCGAAGAUUGUAGAAAGAAUCGGCUGUUCAGCGGCGACGCUAUCGCCGUCGAUCGCGACGUUCACCGGCAAUAUAUCCACAUCGGUAACUCCGAGGAGGAUCAACGGCUCGACAGGGGCGCCGCAGCGGUGGCGGGGGACCUGGCGUGCCUCGCGGGAUACAUGGCGGGCUACCUGAAGGCGGCGGGGGCUACUUGUGCCCCUACCGGAAGCCCCCAGUACCAUCCUGCCCACGGACAUCCAGGGAUGGGAGGGCAUCCGCACCCCGGUGCUCCUCAUCCUUUCGCUCUGGCGUCGCAUCCGCACCCGCAUCCCCAUCCAUUGGAUCACGGACUGGCCGCUGCGUUUCCACAGGGAAUGAAUCAGAGGAAGCAGAGAAGAGAACGAACGACCUUCACCAGAGCUCAACUCGACGUCUUGGAGGGCCUAUUUUCGAAAACAAGAUACCCCGACAUAUUCAUGAGGGAAGAAGUCGCCCUCAAGAUCAACCUCCCCGAGUCCAGAGUUCAGGUAUGGUUCAAAAACCGUCGUGCCAAGUGUCGUCAGCAACUGCAGCAGCAACAGCAGCAAACAACGCCCCCGAAGGGCUCGCCUAGGACCACCCAGUCGUCUACGCAGAACGCCGGUAGCAAAUUGUCGUCGGGUGUAACGGCGUCCACACGGCGUUCCUCCCCGGCGUCUCCGCCGCGCGGCAAGGAGGCGCCAGCGCCGAAUUCGCCGUUGCUGACGAACAACACGUCGUACCCGAGGCUGGGCGCUACGCCGACGGGCGCCGGAAGCGGGGCGAGCAGCGCGUUGACGACACCGUCGCCACCCCUGACGCCGGGAUCGAGUCAGCUACCGCCGUCCUCUUACCCGCCGCCAAUGAACCAGAUACACCACGGCGAUUACGGUUUCCCGUGGAGCUCGGCGUCGCCGGGAUCGGUGAACGCCGGACAGUGUUACGCCGGUCAAACGCCGUACAACGCGUACCAGAAUCCCUACGCGCCGUCGGAUUAUUAUCACCAGACACAGAUAUCGCAGAUAUCACAGAUGCACCAUAGCCCCCAAUCGAAUUAUCACCAUCAUCACCAUCCGCAGUACCACCACAACAUGUCGCUGACGUCGUCCAUGUCGCACAUCGGCGGUGGACCGCAUCUGAACGCCGGCGGUCCAACGGGAAACGAUCAUCACGGCGUAGCCAAUUCACCGGACUAUAUUCUACCUGAUCAGAAAUAUCAAGCGAUGGUCUAGCCAAAAAAUUUCUUUUAAAAACACAACAACGGUACACGGUACGAUUUAACGAAACUACUAGCGAGACGUGGAUCACGGACGUGGACCGCGAUGACCUCGAACGACCUCGAGGACUCUCCAUUGGAAACACGGUAGCUGACGAGGUGGAGCAUUCUGCGUAAGAAAUUUCGAUCCAUUAUUUCGAUCAUUUCGGUUUUAUUUUCUUUCGAUACCUCCUUUGUUUUUUGUUUUUUUUUUCGUUUUGUUUUUCCGUUCAAUUUUCUUUUCACGAAAUCGUGAUUCUGUGAUUCGCACGUGGUUGAGCGAUCGCUGAUGAAUUUUCAGUAUCGGAAAUCAUUACCUUUUUUCGUUUUUUUACUCGUGCUGUAUCGCGGGUGAACCGAAUCGCGUAUUUAAUUAUAAUUUUACAAAUCUGAUGUUUUUUUUAAUAUCGCGUUGUAUUGAAUGACCGAACGGAUUUUUACCUUGACUCGAAUACGCCGGUGCCCGACAAACGACGAGAAAAACGAAACAAGUCAUGUUACAGUUUCUUUUUUUCAUCAAUUUUUUGUUUUUUUUUUUCUCUCGAUCAUUUUUUUCAUUCGCAAGGUGAACGCGACAUUAGCGUUUCACUUGACACGUCGAAUUGGGUUACGCGUUUCAUUUUUCCAUCGAACGUCUCGCCGAUUUUUUUUUUUUUUUUUCUCGCCAUGUCUUCCUGAUCCCGUCAGAUAUAUAUAUAUAUAGAAAUGAAUGUGAAACUAGAAUAAAGAGAAAAAAUUAACGUAAAACAUUGAAGCAAAGAAAAAUACCAAGCAUACUACACGUGAUAUGCUGUAAAUUUUCGAGACGAUGAAGAAAAAAAAAAAAAAAGAAGAA